GCAGCCCUCGACUGCUAUCAGCAACAGAUACAAGGAGCCGGUGGCGUUGGCCCCAUUCCCGACAUCUUCGGCGACGCCGAGGACUACGCGGAUGCCCCGGAAGAGGAGGACGAAAUAAUGCAAGAUGACGUCUUCAACGACAGCAAGCCAGAAGCGGACAUCGCCGCCGAGCUCGAGCAGCAUAGUGAAACGAUGAGGUCCUUGCACGAGGAGGCAAAAAAGCAUUGGCUUUCGAAGGCGGAGAACUUCACCAAUGCGCGGCAUAAGUUCCAUCUGGACGAAGAAAUGGCGCACACAGGAAUUUUGACCAAGCUCGUGGAGAAUGACAAGGUCCCGCCCGAGGUGAACGCCGAGCGUUUGCAAGAGCUGUGCACUUUGGAGAAAUGGGAAGAUGCAGAAGAAGAAGAAGUCGCAGACAUGCAGAAAGCUUUUCUGACGUGUGUGAUCCCCGUCGCCGAUGCCAUCGCCCUCUUCGACACGAUGCACGAGAUAGUUCUCUUCGCGACGGGGAAGUACGAGCCAACGGCCAACCAAAUGAAAGAUGCUCUGCAGCGGAUUCCGCAGAGUCUUCGUGCGGGGCUCGCGCUCUCCAGGCCGGAGAAGUAUCGUGCCAUCAAGAACAAGGAUUGGCGUGAGGACCUGGGCACCAUCCUGGCUGUGGCCUUCGCGAGCCUGUCUGCCCAUUGGGAAGCCUAA